CCACUCUCGGACGACGAGCUCUGCGGGGAGGCUGCGACGUACAUCGGCGCGGGCGGGGACACUGCCGGCAUCACCCUCUCCGUCGGCUCCUCGUACCUCGCACGUAGCCCCGCAAUCCAGGAAAAGCUCUUCCACGAGCUGCAGCAGGCGUACCCGACCAAAAGCGAAAUCCUAACCGCGCACUGGAGCGACCUCGAGAAGCUGCCGUACCUCUCCGCGUGCGUGUACGAAUGCCUGCGGAUAUCCCUCCCCGUUGCAGGCGAUCUGCCGAGGGUAGUCGGGCAAGGGGGAUGGGAAUUCAAGGGGGCACAGAUCCCCGCUGGCACUGUCGUCGGCUCAAGCGCGACCGCGGUCCACAUGAACCCGUCCCUCUUCCCCGAGCCCGAGACCUUCCGCCCCGAGCGAUGGCUCGACGACUCGGAAGACGGCGGGAUCUCGAAGACGCUCGAGAGCUGGCUGGUCAGCUUCAGCAAGGGCCCUCGGUCGUGUAUCGGCCAGACGAUGGGUGCGUCGCAUUUUCGCUUGACUUUCGCCUGGUUGCAGAUGCGCUGA